GGGUUUGGGUUGUUUUGUUGUUGUUGCUUUUAAAUAAUGACAAGAAGGCUGUUGGUGCAAGUCUCAUCUCAAACGAGACGUUUGCUUGUCUUCUCCUUGCAUCAGCAGGUUUUCCCUGAGUUUUCCACUGUCCUCCAGCAGUGGACAGUGGAUGUUGGGUUUGUUGGCGACUUUAAAUUCGGCCUGAGAAAGAGAAUGUUUGGUCGAAUGUCUGUGUUUGGUUGGAGGCCGUUAGGAUGUGGGUGGGAUGUUCAUGUUUUGAAUGAUGCACCUGUAGCUCAUCCAGCGUUUCCUCAGGGAGAAUGUCUCUGCUCUUGCAUUUAACAUAAUCUGUUUCAACAAGUUUGUGGUGUUAAUGUUUUCCAAAAGCUGAGCUGAAAGCCAGUUUCAUUUGUUUUUCUCUUCAGGUGCCGACAGUGCAUCAGCUCUGGGUGCCAAUGGAUGAAGAACAGCUGUUCCUGGGCCAGUGAACUUACUCACAAUACCCAGAAGGAUGUUUGCCUGGAGAUGGAAGCUGGGAGGAAAAUUUCUUUACCAGAUGUCAUCUCCGUUACACCUAGUGUUGUGUCUGUAUAUGGGAAAAACCACGCUUUGCUGUCGGGUCAGCACCUGAGCGACGUGAUCGGAGUGAGAAUCUCGACGCACAUGGACUGUAGUCCUCAGGAAUCUCCUGUGUGGAACAACACUGGUGUCAGUUUGACCUUUCACAUCCCCACCACUGAAACUAGAAGAGUGGUCAAAAUGUGUGUUCUUCUGCCUGAUGGUAGUUGCCACGGAAACACUAUAAUCUCCUAUCAGUCGUCCCCAGUCUGCACUGACAUAGUACCUCGGAGCAGCUGGAGGAGUGGGAAGAGGAAGGUCAAACUCAUUGGGACACACCUGGAGUUUGUGGAUGGGCUGAUGCAGAGCCACGCCCAGCAUCAAGUGUUGCUUCCCAGGAACAGCAGCAGUCAGGAGACUCUCACCUAUGAUACGCCUACAGCAGAAAGCAGUCAGAUUUGCUGCAGCACCGUUUUUAUGAAAGUAGCCAAUCAAACAGUGGCCUGUUUGGUCAAACUAACGUACUAUCCUGAUCCGGAGUUUACCGGCUUCACUACAGAGAGGCUGAGAAAUGAUGCCCGUGUUGUUAUUCACAAAAGUUCAGAUAAACUGGAGAUGACAGCAGCAGAGUUGUUGGUGUGGGGCAUUGAGGGUGAAAAACAACAUCCCUGUGUCAAAGUCAAAGAAAACCAUAACAAGACAGACUCCUUUAUCUGUGACAUCCAAGGAGUUAACAAUACUAACUUCAGGGCUAUAAAGAUUAAAUAUGGUGACACAACUGUGUGGAUGCAGACUCUGACUUCAUUACAUGUGGGCCUUCUGAUUCUACAUUUUCUUCUCAAAUGCUCUAUUCUUACUGUGCUGGUGGUUUUCUGUCAGUGGCAAAAGAGACAAGAAAGUUCUGAUUACUGAUCGUUUCUCAGCCAGAGGAUCACUGAGAACAAGUACAGCCCAAGGAUUCUAAACGUGUACAUCGUGAUCUUUGCUUUGUCUUUACAUUUUUAAACGUUGCAGUAUUUUUCUAACAUCCUUCUGUGUCGUCCAAAUGUAUCCACCCUGAACCAUAAGUGAACUAAAUGGCUGAACAGAACACCUAGGAGCUGUUGAAUUGCCUUAAGAAAAGUCACUGAAAGCACUCGCUAUAAAAAUACAAAGACAACCUCCAGAAAGUCAUAUAUUAUCAUUUGUGUUACCAUGACAACUGACACAACUAUACAUUACUGUCAGCACAUGACCACUGUCCCUUUUAGUCAGCGUGUUGAUUUCGAUGAGUGGAUGGACCAGAACCUCCUCCAGUUUGAUGAAGAAAACAAAGUUGUCAUUGUUUUGGGUCAUAAAAAUAUGAGGUUAGAGAUCAACACUCAAUUAUACAUUAUGAGAAUUAAAAUAAAGAAUACUAGAAAUCUAUGUGUGCCUAUGUAGUUAGGUUUAUUUUAAACACUUUUUACUAAAUUGCCCAACUUAAAAAUAAUUGCUAGUGUUAGGGAUUUCCUGUCCAAUACAUAGAGGAAAAACUGGUGAGUGUUUUAAUUUUUAUUAUGAAUUAUUUUAAUGUCUGUGAAGAUUCACAUAUAGCUGCAGCACAUCCAGAAUGCUGCUGCCACAGUCCUGACCAACAACAGGAAACCGGAUCAUGUGACAUCUGAGUUAUUAAAUUACUGCACUGGCCCAAUGCUUGGAAAGAUUAUAUAUUUUUAAAGUGCAUUAUAGGAUUAGACUAGUCAGGACUGUAAACAUUGACAGAAGUGGUAAAAAAUCUUUUGGUUUUAUUUUGGUAUUUUUAAUCUUAUAUUAGCUGUUCGUUUUCUUAAAAAUAUAUUUUUGUAUGGAUUUUUUUUCCAUAUAAUUCUUACAAUUAAGCAUUUAUUGUACCACAUAUUUUUAUUCCAGUUAAUCUUAAGUACUGCUCUUUUUUUAAAUACCGAAAAGUACUUUAAAUUCACCUUGUGUAUGAACCGUGGUAUUGGUGACCUGUCCAGGGUGUAUCGCUGGAGAUGGGCACUAGCACCGCUGACCUGCAAAGACAAGCAUGUUGGCUAAUGGAUGGAUGGGAAAAUAAUGAAUAAUGGGAUAAAAAUAAACUUGCCUGGCAAAUAGUAUAAAUUUUCAACAUUUUUUUUUUUUUUUUUUUAGUUUUCCUUGAUGAAGAAUAGUGUAAAUCACAAAGACUUGUGAUUCUUCUCCUGUUGCUCCACUCCAUUACUGCUGGUCAUUUUUUUAAAUUAACAGAGUUGGUAAUUAAACGUUAAUGCCUUUAAUCUGCCUUUAAUGUCAGUCUUCUUUACAAUAGGAAAAUGUUCAAAUGUCAAUACUGGCUUUAUUAUUUGAUGAAACUGAUCAAUUCAAUAAAAGUAAUUAAAUAUGGUG